GCUUGCCCUCACGGCCAAGUCGGCCCCAGCGCCGGCCGCUCCAGAGCCGCCAGCGACACCUCCGGCAACUGUUGCAGCCCCCAGUCCCGUCACGACACCGGCCCUGGCUGCCAACCCUGUGAAGGUUGUAGAACCUGAACCCACCCCGAGCCCUGACAAAGCCCAACAGGAUGCGGUCACUCUGAAGGUUGUAGAAGCUGGACCCACCCCGAGCCCAGACAGAACCCAACAGGAUGCGGUCACUCUGAAGGUUGUAGAAGCUGGACCCAGCCCGAGCCCUGACAUCAGUACUCUCGAGACUCAGGCUUGGGAUGGAUCUUGUGAGGCAACCCUGCUAGCUGGUGCGUCGGCAGAGACACUAGCACUUUCCGGAAGGUCAAACUCCUUGGCACUCCAACACGGAGCCUCUACCAGCGACCUCGAGGCAACCCUGAGAGACAAGGAGGUACUCGAGAUCCAGAAGGAUCUUGAAAAGCAAGUGUCCCAGGAGUUCAACAACGAGGGGGGGGCAACCCAAGGCCAGCAGGAGGAUGAAGAGGAGGAAAAGGCCGCGGCUGCUGCCGCAGAGGCGGCCAGAUUGGCCAUGGCGACGGCAGCUGCUGCUUUGGAAGCGGCCAAAGCAAAAAAGCAAGAGCGUCUCCAGAGAGAGGCCAAGGAAAGGGAGAUGAGAGAGAGGAAAGAGCUGGAGAUGCGCACGCUGGAGCUUCUCGCGAAGGAGCAAAGGGAGAGAGAAGCGCGGGAGAGGGAGGCAAAGGAGAAGGAGGCAAAGGAGAGGGAAGCCCGGGAGAGGGAGGCCAAGGAGAAGGAGGCAAAGGAGAAAGCGGCGCAGGAGGCCAAGGAACAGGCGGAGGCAAGGGCCAGAGAACUCCAGGAGAUUGAGGCCAAAAUGAAGGAGAAAGAAACCCUGGAGAGGCAGGCCAUGAUGAAGGAGGCAAAGGAACGAGAAACCCAGGCCCGUCUAGCGAGGGAGGCAAAGGAACGCGAGGAAGCAAAACAGCGUGUCCUCUCCGAAGCCCGGCCGCUCAAGCGAGAGGCCGAGCGGACAGGGCAGCACCACACACAGGAUGGGGUGGGUGACAGUGUGGGGAGGACAUUGGUCGAGCCGGAUGCCUCGGCCGCCACGAUGGCCAAAUCAGCUGCGCCCAACCUCAGCGCUCUCCCCAAGGCAAGCAAGGUUGCCCGGACUGGGAAGGCCCUGAAGGACGACGAAUUUGCUCUCCCGGUACUAUCUGAUGCUGAGAAGGGAAAGUACAAGGUCGGUGGCUUCAUCCGCGACCGAAGCCGCCGCUACCGAAUCGACGAAUGUUCCAGCCCCAAAGGCCACACCGUCUCCCGACAAGGCAUCGGAGCCACCAUCGGACUCUCCCGGUCCAGCUACUCCGCCGCCAGCACAGGCAACACCGUCUCCCGAAACCGCAACGGAGUCUCACAGUCCAGCGACUACAGUGGCUCCAGCGACACCGCCGCCCGCGACAUCUACACCCAAUGUGCUGGGCCGGAGCAACUGCAGCCGAUUGUCGAUGCGAUUGCCAAGCUCUUUGUGCAACAGCCCACCGUGGCAGAAAGGAGGAGCGUUCAAGCUCGCCGCCUUUCAAAAGUUCGUGCAGGCUGGCUGACUCCCGGCUUAAGCAAUGGUCUGGCCCUUGAAGCGGUCAUGCGUUUCAAGCGCCAGCACGAGGACAUGUCCCAGGAUGAAGGACACUACUACCCGUACGAGGACAUCCUGGGGUUCUUUUCGAACAAUGCGGCAAGGGCAGAGGAGUUCUGCAGGAUGCGAGCUGGACAAUUCAAGGGGACGUCGACGGACCGCAACAAUCCCGACAUCAAGACCUACUUGUACUACCAGCGCGAAAAGAGGUCGCUUACGACAAGAUCUUUGGUGUCCUGGCUUUACGUGAAUCCCAUAGGCUGCAUAUCUGAUCCAAUCAUCGCACUGCUCGCAAAUGAUGAGAUUUGCAUCGAGCUGGGUGCAGAAGCGAGCUGGGCUACUCAGGUUGCCCAAAUCCUAGAACAGGGUCAUGACCCAAACAAGACCGGCCUGGGAGCAAUCUCGGCGCCGCCAGCUGCUGCCGACAACCCCAAUCCUGGGAAGGGCGGAGGGAAGGGAGAGCCGGGGGGUGAAAACCCACCACCCCCGCCGCCGAAGAAGAAAGCCCGAGCACCCAAAAGACAGGGCUCCGAGCUCGAGAUCGACAUCACGCAGAUGCUGGCUACAAAGGAUUUCCAGUUGUCGGAGUUCGUUACCAAUUGGGUGAGUGCUUGUACGGCGGCCGAGGGCCGGGCCACUACUACCAAGAUAGAGCACGCGGUGGGCCACGACGUUGGGUUGCCAGGGAACCCGCCCACAGCAUAUCGAGGAAUCGUGAAAGCAGGAUUGCUCAGUGAGCUGAAUGAAGACUCCAUUGACCUUGUGGAGUUCUGGAACGAGGCUCGCUCCGAGGUAAUCAAGAGCGACUUUUUCCAUUCUGACGGAGACAAGAAUGUCACGCUCUCUCACCUUCAACAUGACCUCGUGAUGUCGUUGAAUCAGUGCAGCGACAAGGGCAAUGGACUCGGCGCGACAUUACAUGUUGUAGCCGGGAAAGGAGACUGGAAGUGGAGGAAGGAGUGGUUGCAACAAACCCGCUUUUAUGGGAAGGUGACUCACGGAAGUCAUGGCAUCUGCCCACGAUGCUUUGCUGCAAAAAACGACUGGGUAGAUGUCAAAGAGCGUUUUAAUAACGAUGCAGAUUUGGCUCUUGCUCAAGAAACAGCAGUGGGGGAAAACAUUGCUAUGAAGCAACUCAGCGGCUGGUCGUGCAAUAUGGAAGUACCAGACUUGCUGCACUGUAUAUGGCUUGGUACUGGUAGGGACCUUGUGGGAAGUCUCUGUCUGGAAAUGGCUGAGACCCGGCAAGAUCUUGUCGGCGCAACCUAUGAUCAGCGCCUGGCUUCUUUGCGCAAAGACAUUCAGGCUUGGUGUGCCGCCCGGGGGAUCCGGCCGUCGACGAUUGACGAGCUCAGUUUUUCGUUCUUUUUUAAGCAACCAGGAGGUGGGGAGGUAUUCAUAUUUGUGUUUUUGUUUUCCAAAUGCUGUUGGGCUCCCGCAAUUAAUGAUGUGCUGGUGUUUACGAAAAGUAUUUCUUCGUGUUGA